AUGACUGAUCCCUGUUUCACAGAUCGCGGCCCGACCUCUCUCGCGUCCAAGAAUCCCUUCCGCAAUCUUGUCUCAGAGAAGACCUCCACCAGACCUAUCUCGACAAAUCCCUUUCUCGACCCCAAUGAGAUCUCAUCUCCGGAUGCAGCCAACAAUGCCACCUCACCUACAAUUGGUACUGGAAUGGCGGCAAAGCGCCCUGACAUGGCCGACAAGACUGCCGAUAUAUUUGCAAGCCUCGAUAUCAGCGAACCUGCAAAGCCACCGCAGCCUCGUGUAAACGGCGCCGCCAGACGGGAAAAUAUCGCACCUCGACCGCAUCCCCCUCGCGGACCUCCGUCGCGCCACAGGCCCAGCAAUUCAGAAGAAGAACGUCGCCGACAGCAAGGGAAACCUCUUGGAGCCGCACAUGAGCUUGACAUUUUUGCAGAUCCUCCAGAGCCGAACCGUCCACGCGAACGACGUCCGCCGCCACGGCGCAACUCCGAAUCCUCCAUCAGAGAGAAACCCAGAGAUCAAGAUCCCGAGGCAGAAAAAAGGAGACGAGAAAGGAAGCUACGGGAGGGAAAAAGCUCACACAGAUCAAAGAAGCCAAACGCAAGGUUGGAUAUCAUCGAUAAAUUGGAUGUCACGAGCAUUUACGGCACCGGCUUAUUCCACCACGAUGGUCCAUUCGACGCCUGCAAUCCUCAUCGUAACCGCAAAGGCUCCAAGCAGGCUCCCAUGCAAGCAUUCCCCAAAGACUCGUUGAAUAUGCAACUUGGAGGCUCCGGUCCCGUCAACAAACAACUCAAUCUAGAUCAGUAUCACGGUACCGGACGAGAAGCAAAUCUCGACUAUAAUGACGCAGCAGUCUACGACGACGACGCGGAUUAUUUUCGAAGGCCACAACCGGAGAGAAGCGCCAGCUUCAACCCUACCGCCAGAACCGAACCUUUGCAUGGCAGCGAGACAGCAGGUCUUGGAACAAGCACAUUCUUGGAAGGUGCGCCUGCAAGCCGAGCUGCGAUCCAACGCCGCGAAAGCGAGCAAGAAGCAGCAGAACAGGCAAAUGCUGCUGGGCUGUCGCGCAAGAAGAGUCUGGCACAGAGAAUCAAAGCUGUGCGCCCAAAAAUCGCCGAGGGGGGCCGCAUGACUUCGCCUGAGCCGACAGCAACUCCGACCAGCCCAAUGGGGACAAGCAAAUCAGAGCAGAAUGGGUCAAACCCGUUCUUCAAGGACCACGACAAGGAAUUCGAGAAGAAAGGUGCCCAGAUCGCCUUCGCAGAAGAACAAGCAAAGAACACCGGUCGCGCCCGAGCACCGUCGAGCCCGAAACGAACUGGACUGGGUCUCGAAAGGCGACUGACUUCCGAGAGUACGGGUCCACCGCCUGAUGAUGUUAAAUCCGGCGCUGCUGGUUUCCUCAGUCGAGUCAAGAGCAUUAAAGGAGGACGAAGCAGGACGCGCGAGAGGAGGAAUACUGAGGCCUCUACUUGA